AUGGCGUCGACGCGUCAGCACCCGUUUGUGCAGAUUUACCAAGAUCCAAUUCCGGUGCCGUCGAACGACCUCUCACAUAUGAACCGACCUCGACCGCGUUUGCAGCCUUCAGCAAUGCCUCUGCAGCCACUCAGAAACCCUCCUGCUCCUCACCCACACCCCGAAGUUAUCCUCAACGCUCCAAUGGCCCCCGGCCAACAAAUAUCCCCUCUCAAGAGCACCCCGUUGUCGCCACCCGCGCCGUACUUUGGAGAUUUGAAUUAUGUUCCCAUCCCUCCGCCGGUGACGGCCACCCAUAUCUACACGGACUCACCGGCAAAGAGACACGCUCUUCCGACCAGUCAGCAAUAUCGUCCCGUCCAAAUGGCACAACCCAUGUUUACCACCUUCGACAUAAAACUCGACAAUUAUGACCAGGAGAAUUUUGGGGUCCAAACUACGCAAGAUAACUUUGUCGACUUUCCCGAACCCUCAUACGUACGAAAGCAGCCCCUUAAGCGAUCAUAUUCAGAGGCGCAGAUGACGAAUGACCGUCCCUUCAAGAAGCCUAGGCAGGACGACGAAGCUGUCUUCCACCUACCAGACCCGGAAGAUAUGCCCCCCAUCGAGGACGACGGCAACAAGCCUUCUUACAGCUAUGCUCAGAUGAUUGGAAUGGCUAUCCUUAGGGCGCCAAAUCGGCGGCUGACUUUGGCACAAAUCUAUGAUUGGAUCUCCACGACGUUCGCCUAUUACCGCGAAGACACCAAGCAAAGCUGGCACAACAGUAUCAGACAUAACUUAUCCUUGCACAAGGCUUUUAGCAAACAAGAGAGGCCCAAGGGAGAUGCCGGAAAGGGGAGUUAUUGGGUCAUUGAGCCGGGAAUGGAGGCACAGUUCGUCAAAGAUAGAAAUCGCCGAGGGACCAACAUCACUCAUAUGACCAUCAAUGCCAAUGUGAUGCGUCCGGAGCCUCCAAAAGUUGCUCAACAGCUCUCGGACGCGUUGGCGCCCAACCCCUUCCUCGGCCAAUUCAGCGAACCCCCUCGACCUCAGACGGCCCCUGCUCUUCCGGAACUCUCAUCAGAUGCGACUCUGCCAGCCUCCGAUCCCGCUCUCAACGAGCACGAGACUGCCGAAUUUGGAGACCGCGGCGUCACGGCAGCUCCCAAGUCGUCUCCUCCAGAUGCCAUCAACUCGUCACCGCCGGUGGUUGCACCUCAUCAUCAGCGGGCCCCUUCUUCCCCGUCUGCGCGACAGCCACGCCCAUCUACAUCUCAUCGACAGAAGUUAAGUCUUACCAAGCACGACGACAGCGGAUACUUUUCAUCCAUCGAAUCAUCUGCGCUGCGACCAAACAAGAACGCCGUGAUGCUCACCUCGGAGUUGGACAUUGAGCCCAUGAGGAAGAAGAGAGGUCGUGCCGAAGAGGAGAUUGUGCGGAUCAGAAGCUCUUCGCAUGACCUCACUCCGAGCCAUGGGCGAUUCCGGCCAUUGACGGCAGAAGGUGCGCAGUCGUCGUCCCCCGUUCGUGUCAGCCCCAGCGUCCCUCGCAAUCCGAUGACUCCUGCUGUUGUCUUCAAGAAACCCGCCCGUCCUCCUCCAUCAGUCUCUCCGAACACACAGCUCCUCCUCCACCGCAAAGCCAUGCGCGAGUUUGCAAACUCACCCAUCAAAAGCUCGGGGCUCUUUUUGUUGGAAGAGGCAACAUACAGUCCUCUCAGGUGGACGACCCUCGCGUCGUCAUCCACCUACCCGGAAGAGUCUUUUGAAAUCUUUUCUGAUCCGGCCCCGGGUCUCACUCCUGGCACGCCGCUAUGUGCGUCAUCACCCCUCAAAGGGUCUGUCUCUCGCCCAACGUAUGGUCGAGCAGCCACCACUUCCAAUAUCCUCACCGACGUCCUGGGCAGUGCUCAGAAGCUCAACACGAAGACCCCCACCCGUGGGUCUCUACUCCAUCCACGCGUACGGGCUACAAUUAAUGGCUCGCCGUUGAAAGCCUCAGCUACGCAUGGCUCUGUCUUCGAUGCCCAAGAUGAUCUGUUUGAUUUCAAGUCAUUCGAGAACGACAACUCCGACGACAACGACGAGGGUGUCGAUAUUCUUCAAGGUUUCGAGAAAAUCGGUGGCACGUCGGCGCAAGCCAACGCCACCACAUCCACUGACCAUUCACGUCGACCGUCCUUGGGUCGCAGCUUUACUUCACGCUUCUGA